UUAAACAGGACCAUGCAUGUGCUAAGCCUUAUUUGGAAAAUAGUUAUAAGUUAUAACAGAUGAGAAGGAAAAGGUAGCAGCGAAAAAGGGAGCCAGAGUGUGAUAUAAGAAAGAGGAAGAGAGUAAUGAAUUAUAGCACAGUAAGGAGUGAGAACCUGCCAGUUUGCUUCCACUAUAUUACUACUCAGAGUUCAACCUCAUUCUUUUAGUCCUUUUUUUUAACCCAUCCCAAGUGUUCAUUCCUGUAACCAAUCUUUCAAUAUGCUUGAUCCUUAAAGUAAAACCUAUGAUCAUAUAGGGUCUGGUUUUAUUCAAGUUUCUAGCACAAAUUUUCAUUCCUAUUAUUGGGGUUGGCUAUUUGCAUAUAUAGGGAAAAAAAACACAAACUGGUAACAGAUUUGCGUGAUGGCUGUGAAUGGAUCAAAACGGUGGGACAUGAGAUUAGUUGGAAUGGGUUUGAUAUUUAGUGUUCUUCUUGUUCUUAUUUCAGCCUUUGUUUCUGCUCAUCGAAACGUAAACCAAAACAAAAUUACUCUCACGACCGUAGAGACAAUAGAGGCAGAAGCUAAUUAUCUUGUUAAAGUGAUGAACUUCUUAUGGAACUCAUCUGGGUCGGGAUACAAACAUACUUGGCCAGAUAUGAAAUUUGGGUGGAGAAUAAUAGUGGGGACGAUAAUUGGAUUCCUAGGAUCUGCAUUUGGGACUGUGGGUGGUGUCGGUGGAGGUGGCAUAUUCGUGCCUAUGCUUUCCCUGAUUAUUGGAUUUGAUGCAAAAUCAGCCACUGCAAUCUCCAAGUGUAUGAUAACUGGUGGAGCAGCAGCAACUGUUUUCUACAAUUUGAAGCAAAAACACCCAACACUUGACAUGCCAGUGAUCGAUUACGAACUAGCACUUCUUUUCCAACCAGUGCUGGUGCUUGGAAUCAGUAUUGGUGUUGCCUUCAAUGUGAUUUUUGCUGAUUGGAUGAUAACAGUUUUGUUAUUAAUUAUUUUCACAGGAAUUUCAACCAAGGCAACCUUUAAGGGUGUUGAGACAUGGAAAAAAGAAACGAUCAUUAAGAAGGAAUCUGCUAGACAGUCACAAUUAAAUGACACUGAAAGGACUGAGGAGGUAGCAUAUGAGCCUCUACCGGGAGGCCCAAUGAAUAGCAAUCACACUGUGACUGUGGCCAAAAAACAUAAUGAAACGGGAUCUCUUAUUAAGAAUAUUCAUUGGCGGGUACUUGGACUUCUUUCCACUGUCUGGCUUAUUAUACUUGCGUUAGAGAUUGCAAAAAAUCACGCAAAAACUUGUUCAGUGGAAUAUUGGAUAUGUAAUCUCUUGCAGAUCCCUGUGGCAUUAGGAGUGACUUCAUUUCAGGCUAUACUUCUGUACAAUGGUAAGAGAGUGAUAGCAUCAAAGGGAGAUCAACAAACACAUUGGCGAGUGCACCAGCUAAUUCUAUAUUCUUCCUGUGGCAUAGCCGCUGGCAUGGUUGGUGGCUUGCUUGGUCUUGGUGGAGGAUUCAUUUUGGGGCCCCUUUUUCUGGAGCUAGGAAUCCCUCCUCAGGUAUCAAGUGCUACAGCCACUUUUGCCAUGACAUUUUCUGCAUCUAUGUCAGUGGUGGAAUAUUACCUUCUAAAACGGUUUCCAAUUCCUUAUACUCUUUAUUUCGUAGCUGUAUCCACUAUUGCGGCCUUUGUUGGUCAACACUUAGUGAGAAAGCUGAUUGCCAUAUUAGGGAGAGCAUCACUGAUUAUUUUCAUUCUGGCCGGCACAGUUUUUGUGAGCGCAAUAUCACUAGGUAGUGUGGGCAUAGCAAAAACGAUCCAAAAACUUUCAAAGCAUGAGUACAUGGGGUUUGAAAACCUUUGUACUUACACAAGCUAAAAUAUGAGAAUUCAAGUUACGGAUUCAACUUCAAGUGAAGGACUAUUUAAUUGACAUUUUUCAAAUAUUUUUAACCGAGUCAGAAUUUUUAUACAAUUAUGUCAAGAUCUUUAAAUAAUGUAAUGAAAAUUCAGCACUUAUUGUUUGUCAAACAAA